GUCUUCGCACUCUUCACACCAGCAACUCACCCACUGACCGAUUGACGAUCUGGAAAGGGUCCUGGAGCUUCAGUGAACCUCCACAACGGCUAUAAAGGUUACGUUUUUUGUAUGUGAUCACCUGGAAGUUUCAAGCGUCGAGUUUCGAAUAUUCAAGUCUUAAUUGGGAACCAAUAACAACUGAGUAUUUGCUCAGAGAAAACAAGAUUUGCUUUUUUUCUUUGAACCCAAAAGAGAUUCUAAAAGUUUAAGACAACUCCAGGAAUUGCUACAACACUGCAAUAAUCUUCCAAUCAGAAAAAUACAAGGCAAGAGAAAUACCAAUUUCUGGAAGCUCUUUUGGUAUCCUGUUACCAUGAGCAGCGGUGGGACCAGCACAGUUUCUCCACAGGAGCCCCCGGCUUUCAAACGGGCGGUACGGAAGAUAAAAUGUGCUGCUAUGGUGGCCAAUUUGGCUAAGAGUUGGCAGGGCUGGGCCACCGAACACUCCGACACGCAGGACGCCAUCCCCAGCGGCUGGAUGCCUGACUCUGUGGAAGAGGUAGAUGGAAAAGUGCGCAGCCGAGAGGUCAAACUCACCAACCCUCCACGAGUAUUCACAGCCGAUGCCGGCGACAGCAGCGGGAUCAGGACCGGUUCUGUAGCCAAGUCUGUGCAACCAAAACGUAGCGAGUGUUCUAGCAGCUCCGUGGUCAACGCCAUCCGGGGAAAGAUGGAAGCAGGACCUGAAGAAAGCAAGCCUUUCCUGGGUAAUGAGUCGCCGACAAGGAGGCGCCAGAUGAGGGCACUACAGACCGCCGCUAACGGAGCGAUCCAAGAGAAGAAGCUUCUGCAGCAGGACAAGAAGCUGGGGUCGAGGAGCAACAGUUUGGACACGGAGGACAGCGGUCUGGGAGAAGAGGCGGCGCUCAGCGACAACAGCGAAUCAAAAACUGAGCGUGGCGACAUCCUAAACAAGAAACAGACCAACAAGCCCAAGAUUAAAAUCACUACUACAAAUGACAUCAAGAACCGCUGGCAGCAGUGGUCUCAGCAGCACAUCGUGGGCCAGAAGCUCAACCCCUUCAGUGAGGAGUUCGACCCAGAGUACGCCAUGGCUCAGCGAGUCCGCAAGGGCGAGUCCGGAUACGGUCGACCCAAAGACGGAUCCAAGACAGCGGAGAGGGGCGACCGGGCCCAGAAACACGUCCACAGGGAGAUGGAGGAGAUGGUGUGGAUUAUUAAAGACAUGGGCAUUAAGGACAAGGAGGGAAGGACCGUCAUUACCUUUGGCCGCCUCUUUGACCGCUACGUGAAGAUCUCAGAUAAAGUGGUUGGCAUCGCACUGCGCUGCCGCAAACACAAGAUGCUAGACUUUGAAGGGGAGAUGCUGUGGAAAGGACAGGACGAUAAUGUCAUUAUAACAGUGAGAGAAUGAGGACAGACCCAGUGUUUUACAAACUUUCACACAUAUGCUAACACACCUACAAAUGUCACAGCUCAUCUAGAGAAAUAGCGCUAUCCAUGCUAAUGGCAGUGCUACAUCAUCGUCACAAAAGAAAUUGAGGAACUUUUGGAACAGACCAAAGAGUACGAUAAUUUAGUGUGUGAAUAUUUCUGUAUCUCACAUUUUAAUUUGAUUUUGAUAUAUAGGGUUACGAUUCAAUUAGAUUUUUUUUUUGAUUCAGGGUAAGGACUUAGGAUUCAGUAUAAAGAGGUGCACAUUGUAGGUUUAGGAACUAAUUAAGGAAGUGUAUAAACACUUUUAACUAAAAAGUUUCAGCAAUUUCUCAAUCCAAAGUGACUUCAAGACUGACAAGUUCAAAGUAGUCAAACAAUUGAAUUACCUCCUGUUACAUAAAUAUAAUUUUUAAGCUUAUGUUAGCUGUCUUUUUAUUAUCAGAAACUUGCCUGUUCCCAAAUUAACAAAACAACAUGGAAAAUGUUUAAUUUGCCUAUUAUUAUUGCCUGGCAAAAGUUUGACUCCAUGUGUUGGAAAACUAUCCUUUUGUAGCAUUAUCUAGAAACGGUUGUAGUAAAAAAAACUUUUUUAAAAGAGAAACCCUUAACAGUUGUCAUGUAAAAAUGUUACACAUGCACAUUGGAAUAAAAUUAUAGUUUCCGUGAUCAGCAAAAUAAAUGAAAAGAGACAAAACUUUGAAACAAAGUCACAUUUCUAUUUUUGUAUAUGCUUACAUAAAUGAUUAAAAGGUAUCAUUGUAAAUGGAGGCCACACAGACACAGACACACACACACAGACACACACACACGCACACACACACACACACACACACACACACACACACACACACACACACACACACACACACACACACACACACACACACACACACACACACCAGACUCAUGAGUUCUUCUCAGAUACCUGACAGGUCGUCCGGUGAAGGGAAGCUAUCUUUAGCCUGCUAACCAUGCUCGCCUUGCUAACUAUGCUGUUGCUACAUACUGAGCAAUCCAGCCAUCGUCCACAAUGCCAGGAAAACUAAAAAAACUACUGAAAGAAAAAUAAACUUUGAUUGAUUUUAAUUACCUACCCAAAGUCUUUGUUUUAUCCUCCUCCGCCUCUUUAGUUUAUUCGGUCAAAACAAAACAUAAUAAGGAAGACUAAAGUUAGCAUUGUUGUAGAAUAUUUCUGACUGUUAGGUAUAUCAUUGGAGACAAGAGUUACAAAGAAAUCUUAACAAACAUGUAUUUUGUCUUAUUCCUCUCUUGCUUUCAGGGGCUCAAAGUCAAUGAAAAAAUGGUGCUAAAAUCUUUAUUUUAGCACAGCAAAAGAAAUGAUUGGUGUGAUAAACAAAAACUCAGUUAACAUUAGAUUUUUUUACCAUGUCAUUAUUAUUAUACAAUGUGGAUUUUGUAUGGUAUUUAAAUGUACAAGUUUACCAAGAUUUAAAGAUUUCACCUUUUACUGAAGGAUUUUGUAAAUGAAUGUGGAGGAACCUUGAAUUUUCUUGACCACACUUAAUAUCUGUGAACUGUAAACUGACAAACAGAAAAUGUCCUUCAUAAUAUUGAGAUAGGCACUCACAUGAACACAGAACACUCUUGAUCCAUUUCAGAACUCUUAACUUUUAAUUUCUGUUUGAAAAUCUAUUUGACUGUACGUAUGUUGAGUGUGUACGUAAAAAUAUUGUAAAAUGAAAUGUGUUUUACCUCAUUUUAAAAUUUAGUUGGAAUUGUGUUUAUAAUCAGACGUCUUUGAAAAUGUUGACCGUUUUCUUAUUUCAAAGUGAAAUCCUGUGAAUCUUCUUUCAGAAGUACAACGACUGUGCAGUGUGGUGUAUCACGGUCUUAUUAAGAAUAUUGUAAAUAUACAUACACCUUACAUUAGAACACCAAUUUAGUAUUCAGACUGUGAAAUGUUGAAUGUUUGAAGUUGAGUUAGUUUAGGCCACAUUGAAGUCAAUAAUGAUUAAAAUGUGAAAGCUGA